AUAGAGCGCCGUCGUAAAUAACAAACCGUCCGAAAACACGCUCCGCGACGGGCACCACGUUGAUCCGCGCGUCUCUGCGUUCCCGCGCACGCCGACCGAUCUCGGCCGCGCGCGUGCACGUUCGCCGCCGGGAGGUCGCGACACCCACCGAUCAGCGUGUGCGCGGCGUGUGUGUAUGUGUGAAUACCCUCUCGACUUCCUUUCUGCGCGCUAAAACGCGCGACCGCUUCUCGCUUCCUCGUGGACUGGCGGAGGCGGCAGCGUGCGACGAUUUCCGCGCGAGCCUCGCUCGCUCGCUCGCUCGCGCUCCCUCGCUCGCGCGAGAGGCCGCUGCUCUUCGUCGCGCACGUGACGACGCGCGCGCGGAUCCGCGGUUUGUGUUGUGUCUCGAGUGAAUCGUUCGGCCGAGCCGAAGGUGCCGCGAACGCACGCGGUGAUAGCGGCGGCGGCGGCGGCGGUGGAGGCUGCGGGGGCCCCCAUCGAAAGCGCCGUUUCGCUGCGGGGCCGUCGACGUCGGCAGGAUGCGAUCACGCGCCGCGGCGAGUGAGCUCGCGCCACGCCGGACGAUCACCACGCGAUCCGCCUAGCUCCUCAUGCUAGUCUCGUCUUCCGAAUUGCUUGGGGCACAGCAUGAAGGAGAUGCUCGGAGGGUGCUGUGUGUGUUCUGACGAGAGGGGCUGGACAGAAAAUCCAUUGGUGUACUGCGAUGGACAGGGCUGCACCGUUGCCGUUCAUCAAGCUUGCUACGGCAUCGUCACUGUGCCGACGGGACCGUGGUACUGCAGGAAAUGCGAGUCGCAGGAACGCAGCGCGCGUGUGCGCUGCGAAUUAUGCCCGAGCCGGGAUGGAGCCCUCAAGAGGACCGAUCAAGCUGGCUGGGCGCAUGUCGUGUGCGCUCUCUACAUCCCGGAAGUUCGAUUCGGUAACGUGACCACGAUGGAACCGAUUAUACUGCAGCUUAUCCCUCCGGAAAGGUUCAACAAGUCGUGUUACAUCUGCGAGGAACAAGGGAGGGGCAACAGAGCAAACGUGGGAGCGUGCAUGCAAUGUAACAAAACAGGCUGCAGGCAGCAAUUUCACGUCACAUGCGCGCAGGCCCUGGGCUUGCUCUGCGAGGAAGCUGGCAAUUACCUCGACAAUGUGAAAUACUGCGGAUAUUGUCAGCAUCAUUACUCGAAAUUGAAAAAGGGCGGUAACGUAAAGACAAUACCGCCGUAUAAACCGAUACCAACGGCUGACAACGGCUCGUCGGACUCGUCGCCGGAGAAGGAGGCGGAAGCGCCGGUUAAAACGGGCAGCGGCAAGCGGAAGAGCUCCGGCUCCAAGUCAACGGCGAAUUCCAAAAGUAAAUCGAAUGCUAGUCCCAGUUUAGAGAUAAACGGCGUUGCCGCGGACGACAAGAGUGGCAGCAGCGGUCGCAAUACGCCCAAAGAUAAUUCCACGAGUUCCAGCAAGUUCACGACCUCCAACUUCGUCGAGACGAUCGUCACGCAGUCGGAGAGCGUGUUCGGGCACGACGGUGCCGCUUCCACCACCACGGUAGCGGCGGCGGUGGCGGCGGCGGCGGCGGCGGCCGGCGCGAUCAAGACGGCCGCCGGCGGCGCCAACAGUGCCGCGCACAAGAACAUCGGCCAGGUCAAGUCGUCCAACUCGUCCACCGGCAAAGUGUCGAGCCACACUAGCAAAAAGAGGAAGACCGGGGCGCGCACGCCGACGGUAAUAGGGAACGAGAACUCGAAUCAGUCCGCCAGCUCGGAGGCCAGCGGCUCGGUCGUGAUCGCCGUUAAUUCGGUGGUGCAGCAGGCGGUACCGAGUAAUAACGUACAACAGCAACCGACAAUCACUGAGGCCACCAGCCUGAGCACCACGACGGAGCCGGAAAAGUUGAAAAAAGUGAAGGUCGAGAGUCCGAUUCAGUCGUCCUCGGGGACGCCGAUCGCCAACACGGAGGCGGCGAGCACCACACCUGUGAUAAUGGCGGUGACGCAGACCCAACCGUCGGUUCUCACCCAGCAGUCACCGACCACCUCCUCGUCGAACAGCAUAGUCGUCUCCGUGCCGUUGACCGCUACCGCACUGCCCAAUACGGUUCAGAGCGUGGUGACGAGCGCGCCCACCCUCUAUCAGCAGCUGCAGCCGAGCAUAAGCACGACGGCCGCCAAUCCUGAGCCACGGAGCAGCGCGAUGGCGUGCACCGAGAGGUUCCCCGCGGAGGAAGUGCCGGUAAAACGGUCCCGGUCGCAGUCGUCGGACAAGCAGGAGAAGGUUCGCAAGCCGAAACGCGGCGCGUCCAACAACCAACAGCCGUCGUUGCAGCAGCAGUCGCAGACGACCGCCUCGUCGUCGUCCAUCGUGAGCUCCGUGCCGAGCGCCGCCACGGUGAUGACGACGUCCAAGAGAGGCGGCAGAAACAAUCACCAGACUCCGCCGCCGGCGGUCACGGUGGCCCCGGUGCCGUCGAUAAUACAGGGCCCCACGUCGAGCGGCGGACACUUCAGCGGCGUCGGCACGGGCACGCUCAUCAACGCUAUCGGGCCGGCCGCCACCGUGAAGGAGUCGCCGCCCAGCAGCCCCGGCUCGGAAAGUAUGAGCAGCAGCGGCCCGGGGAGACGGAAGAGGAAGAUGAACGUCACCGCCGCCGUGUCGACGCCGUCCGCGUCGACCACGCCCACCACGGUCGCCAACACCGCGUUGAAGGAGGAGAACAACGUGAAAUUGUUUCAAAACGGAGUGAGCGCGCCGCACAUGCUGGGGAAUCAGUUGAAUCCGACGUCGACGAUGGCGCAGAAGAUGUCGGACACACUCUCGCAGGAACUCGAGGCUCACUCGAUCUUCACGGAGGCGAGCAACUCCAAUACGAACCUGGUCGGGCCGCAGCUGCACAGUCGAGUGAUCGCAUCUAUACGGUCCAGCCAGUCGAGCGCACCACCUACCUCGUUCUCCUCGGUCUUCACCGCGAAUGGCAAUAACGCAAACGCUAACACCACGGCCGGUACCAGCGGCACUUUGGGUGGCGGUGCGAUCCCGCAAUCGCUGGAUCAGCUUCUGGAGCGACAGUGGGAACAGGGCAGUCAAUUCUUAAUGGAACAAGCCCAGCAUUUUGAUAUCGCGUCUUUGCUUUCCUGUCUACACCAGUUGAGAGCCGAGAAUCUUAGGCUAGAGGAACAUGUAAAUAAUCUCCUGCAGAGGAGAGACCACUUGUUGGCUGUGAAUGCUAGACUCGCUAUACCAUUGACGACCCAGCCUAGUUCACAUCCAGUGAAUAACAUACAUCCGACGGUGAACCCGUCUCACCCGAACGUCUCGCAUUCGGAGGUGCCGCCCGGCGCGCCGGCCCCGGUGCCGAGGGUGAAUCGCGAGGCGCGAGUCAACAACACGUACAUGCCGCACUCCAGUUCGGCCGGUCAUCCGACGACAUUGGAAAACGGCCUACCGCCGGAUCCCUCUCCGCCAGCGGCGGCCUCGCUGUCGCAGUAUCAACACCGAGGAUCUCUGGUUGCCCCCCAACCGAGUCCCACAAUAAGGCACAGUCCAGCCGCUGGUGGGUACCUUCAAGGUCAGCCAAGCAAUAUAGUGUCGCCGGCGCCGGCGAACACUUCCGGCGUGGUGCGGAACUCGUCUGUCACGCCGGACCCAUUGCGCGGAGUACCGAGAUCGGCGGCGCAGUCGUCGAGCAGUUACAUGCCGGCGAUGUAUCAGCCUACCAUGCCGAGUCUGACCGGCAAUCAAGUCGGCAGCGUUCACAAUCUCCAUUCGCACGGGCCAUCGCCGACCAGUCACGGGCCGUCGAGCAAGCCCAGCUGAAGGUAGAUAGAAACUCGGCGUGGCGACCAUAAAUCUUACGAACGUGUUCGCGCGUACGAAACUCACUGCCACAUGCGUAGAAGAGAGCAUCUCCAAGGAGCAACCCACCAGUACCGGUGUCGCGAACAUCAUACUAUAGAGAGAGAGACCUAACGCUGCGCUUCUUCGCGGAACAUUGACUGACUGAUGUGUGUACAUUUUCUAUCGCCGUUGUUUGCGCCCGGCAAUCGUUUUUUCUUACUCGCGACAAAUCUCGCGUCUCUUCGACGACAUCGAUCGCGGUUCAACAAUUUACACACACACACACACACGCACCCUCGAUUUGUGUACGUGUAUAUAUAUGUAGAUAUAUGUCAAAUACACGUACAUGGAUACAUAUAUGUAAAUAUAUAUGGGUGUGUGUGCGCGCGUGUAUGUGUAUAUACAUAUAUAUAUACAUACACGUUCAUAUUCUCCAUAUCUUUUCAUACAAUCCCGAAGAAACUGUCAUAUAUAUAUAUAUAUACACACAUAUAUAUAUAUAUAUAUAUAUA